AUGUUGCUCGAGCAUCCGGGCUCAAGUUGUCAGAAUAACGCCAAUUUCUCCCGCUACAGCGCAGGCCAAGACAUCCCAGUGUGUGCAGGCUGCAACCAACACAUCGUGGACCGCUUCAUCCUUAAAGUGUUGGAGCGCCACUGGCACAGCAAGUGUCUCAAAUGCGCCGACUGCCACACUCCCCUGGCUGAAAAGUGCUUCAGCCGGGGGGACAGUGUCUACUGCAAGGAUGACUUCUUCAAGAGAUUUGGCACCAAAUGCGCGGCGUGUCAGCAGGGCAUCCCGCCCACGCAGGUGGUGAGGCGGGCCCAAGACUUUGUGUACCACUUGCACUGCUUCGCCUGCAUCGUGUGUAAGCGGCAGCUGGCCACGGGCGACGAGUACUACCUGAUGGAGGACAGUCGGUUGGUGUGCAAGGCCGACUAUGAGACCGCCAAACAGAGAGAAGCUGACUCGACCGCAAAAAGGCCCCGAACGACCAUCACGGCCAAACAACUGGAGACCCUGAAGAACGCCUACAAUAAUUCUCCAAAGCCGGCCCGCCACGUCCGCGAGCAGCUCUCCUCUGAGACAGGCCUCGACAUGCGGGUCGUGCAGGUUUGGUUUCAAAACCGGCGAGCCAAGGAAAAGAGGCUAAAAAAGGACGCUGGGCGCCAGAGGUGGGGUCAAUACUUCCGUAACAUGAAGAGGUCACGUGGAAGCUCCAAGUCAGACAAAGACAGCAUCCAGGAGGAGGGCAUGGACAGCGAUGCCGAGGUGUCCUUUACAGAUGAACCCCCGAUGUCUGAGCUGGGCCACAGCAACGGCAUCUACAGCAGCAACUCCCCAGCCAUGGGGGCCCGCCAAGGGGGCAACAACCACGCCUCUUUCCCUUUGGAGCAUGCCGCCUUGCCUUCACAAGAGCAAUUCCACGAUAUGCGCUCCAACAGCCCCUACGGCCUAGCCCAAUCGCCGGGCUCUCACCCAACGCUACCUCGGCAUCAGCCGCUCAUCACCGGGCUGGUCUACCCCGAGUCGGGCCUUUCUAUCAUGACCCAAGGUGGGGGGAUGAACCCCGCUGUGAGGGUCUCCAUUAGCGCCGCCAACGGCCCGAGCUCGGACCUCUCCACCGGAAGCAGCGGCGGAUACCCGGACUUCCCGGCGAGUCCCGCCUCCUGGUUGGACGAAGUGGACCACGGACAGUUCUGAUCAUUUGAUCCUAAGAAACUGGACUUAUAUUUAUGGUUUUUGUCUUUUGUUUGGACUGGACUAAAUAAGACCGUGAUUCUAUGGCAGACUGGUGGAACCAGUUUCUCCUCAUCGGUUCUGAUUGGAUGGAGGAAAAACUCCUUCGUAAAAAGCACUUGGCUUAAUAAAAGUCGUGUUCAUUGGCGUCUCAAUAUGAACAUUAAGAAUUUAGGGUCACUUGGCUCCUCCUACUGCUUUUUUUGUCGUUGACAGUGUGGUCAGGUGCAGAAGUCUUUUAGUGUCUGGUUGUUGCCAAAUGUCUAUAUAUACGAAUAUAAAUAUAUACAUAAUGGUUUAUCAUUGUGGAGACUUUAUUUUUAUACGAGGACCAUAAAAGGAAAAUCCAGCGAGGGAGGACUUUGUACAUUCUUUAGACAUACGACGUUCCAAAUGCGGCGGGUCCAGUCACAUCUAUGCAUUUGUGUGUCUCGUUCUGAUCGAAAACAAAAAAAAAACCGAAGAGGUGCUUGCUGUAGCAAC